CGCAUUACAGAAGCCAGACCGGUGUAAGCGCCAGUAGCUCCUCCGCCCGGCACGCCAUCCACCUUCCGACACGCCAUCCACCUUCCGACACGCCAUUCACCUUCCGACACGCGGUCGGCAGACCUGGCCUCCGCGGCCCACAUCGGCCCCGACUCGCUUGCGGCCAGGCUUCCUUCAAUAACAUCUGGAUACAUCACUUGGAGAGAGCUUAUAGUUUCAUUGCACCAUGUGUGGCAUUUGGGCCCUGUUUGGCAGUGAUGACUGCCUUUCUGUUCAGUGUCUGAGUGCUAUGAAGAUUGCACACAGGGGUCCAGAUGCAUUUCGUUUUGAGAAUGUCAAUGGAUACACCAACUGCUGCUUUGGAUUUCACCGGUUGGCAGUAGUGGACCCUCUGUUUGGAAUGCAGCCAAUUCGAGUGAGAAAAUAUCCGUAUUUGUGGCUCUGUUACAAUGGUGAGAUCUACAAUCAUAGGAAGAUGCAACAGCAUUUUGGAUUUGAAUACCAGACCAACGUGGAUGGUGAGAUAAUCCUUCAUCUUUAUAACAAAGGUGGAAUUGAGCAAACAGUUUCUAUGUUGGAUGGUGUGUUUGCAUUUAUUCUACUGGAUACUGCCAAUAAGAAAGUGUUCCUGGGCAGAGAUACAUAUGGAGUCAGACCUUUGUUUAAAACAAUGACAGAAGAUGGAUUUUUGGCUGUAUGUUCAGAAGCUAAAGGUCUUGUUACGUUGAAGCACUCUUCAACUCCCUUUUUAAAAGUGGAGCCUUUUCUUCCUGGACACUAUGAAGUUUUGGAUUUAAAGCCAAAUGUGAAGCAGAUGAAAGAGGACCAAGUACAGUAUCCCCUCCAGACAUUUGCAAUUGGCAUGGAAGACAGCCCCGAUUUACUGGCAGCUAGAAAGGUAGCAAAUCAUAUUGGAAGUGAGCAUCAUGAAGUCCUCUUCAACUCAGAGGAAGGCAUUCAGGCUCUGGAUGAAGUCAUAUUUUCCUUGGAAACUUACGAUAUUACAACAGUUCGUGCGUCAGUAGGUAUGUAUUUAAUUUCCAAGUAUAUUCGGAAGAACACAGAUAGUGUGGUGAUCUUCUCUGGAGAGGGAUCAGACGAACUCACGCAGGGUUACAUAUAUUUUCACAAGGCUCCUUCUCCUGAAAAAGCUGAGGAAGAGAGUGAGAGGCUCCUGAGGGAACUCUAUUUGUUUGAUGUUCUCCGCGCAGACCGAACUACUGCAGCCCACGGCCUUGAACUGAGAGUCCCAUUUCUAGAUCAUCGAUUUUCUUCCUAUUACUUGUCUCUGCCACCAGAAUUGAGAAUUCCAAAGAAUGGGAUAGAAAAACAUCUGCUGAGAGAGACAUUUGAGGACUCCAAUCUGAUACCCAAAGAAAUUCUCUGGCGACCAAAAGAAGCCUUCAGUGAUGGCAUAACUUCAGUUCAAAUCUUUGAACGCCAUUACCCAGGUCGGGCUUACUGGCUGAGCCAUUACUGGAUGCCCAAGUGGAUAAAUGCCACUGACCCUUCCGCCCGCACACUGACCCACUACAAGUCAGCUGCCAAAGCUUAGGUGCUCUUCGUGCUGUAAUUGUUGUUCUUGUUGUAAAGGUACUAUGCAAAUAUUUCUUCUUGUUGUGUGAGUACUAUAAUUAGAUGGGGGAGCAAUGAAAGCCAACUCAGGCUAA